AUGGCCACUCUGCUUAGUUUAGGUCCAAAAUUCUCGUUCCCCAUCAAUGACAUUAAACAGAUUCCUUUAUACCAUCUCAUUGCCAACCUAGAAUCGAUUCUGCGCACGUCUAACGAGAAAACGGCGCAAGAUCGCAACAGAAGUUUGGUAGUCAACAAAAUACAGAAUUUUCUGUCACGGUCCAAAUGUCAACACAACAAGAACCCACUAAGCCAAUUCUGCUGCAGAGCCGCCAAAACCACUAAGGAAUUCCUCCGCAAGAACCCAGAAGUGUGCGUUUUGGAAUCCGACAAAGGAAAACGAAUGGUUGUCAUGUACACUAAGGAGUACGACCAGAAGAUGGAAGCUUUAUUGGACAGUCCAACGUACACAACAACAAAAAAAGAUCCCACAGCAGCUUUUCAAAGAAACAACAACUCGUUCGUUAGCAGAUUGCUCAAUCUGAAGCUAAUUGACACAACUACCGCCACCCGCCUUCGCACCUACACUGCUAUCUGCCCCCGCAUAUACGGGCAACCAAAAGCUCACAAAGCUGAGCUGCCUCUUCGGCCUGUUGUUCCCAACAUCACUGCUCCCACCUACGCCCUCUCCAAAUAUGUUGCCAACAUAUUACAACAAGCAUUCAUAAGUGAGUACAACAUUUCCGACAGUUUUGAAUUCGCGAGAUAUAUCAACACCAUCACGCUACCUCCGGACUACGUCCUCGUAUCAUUCGACGUCGUUUCACUAUUUACGAACGUACCACAAGACCUUAUCAUGCAAAUCAUCAUACACUGGUGGCCGAGCAUAAGGGGAAAAACAAAAAUAAAUUUGGAUCUUUUUCUGGAGAUGGUCGUGUUUUGCUUAAAAUGUAGCUAUUUCCAGUUCAGAGACAAGUAUUACCUGCAACAGACGGACACCGCCAUGGGAAGCCCUUUGUCGCCAAUUCUGGCCGAUAUGGUGAUGGAGGACCUUAUAUGCAACGCAGCCCGAAAACUAAGUUUCACUCCCCCGGUUCUCAAAAAGUAUGUAGACGACCUGAUACUAGCCCUACCAAAGCAAGAAACAUUAAACACUCUUGGCAUAUUCAACGGUUUUCAUCCAAAUCUCCAAUUCACGAUGGAAGAAGAAAGUAAUGGAGCUCUGCCGUAUCUUGACACAAAGCGAGUAACCAGCCUGACCACCAACAACACCACGACACAGCAUAAACAGACGGUUUUCCAGCACCUCCGUCGUAACAGCUACCCAUCUGCUCUCAUCAACCGCCUCAUCAACAGAACAACACAAUCGUUUUCUCAACCGACAACGCCACCACCCAACAUCUGCCCGCUCGACAACACUGCUCCUGAAACCACCUACCGUUCGAUGAUUAACAUACCAGUACUCAGCUCCAUUCUCGUCAGCAUCCUCAAAAAAGAUCACCCUCUAGUUAAGAUAGCAUUAAAAACCACCAAAACAACCCGAAACUUGCUAAGGCAAGUCACAGAUCCCAUAGAUCCACAACAACUGAGCAAUGUCAUCUAUACGAUUCCUUGUAGUAAUUGUGAGAAAUCGUAUAUAGGGAUGACGAAAAAUCAUCUGAAAACUAGAAUUAGUGGACACAGGUCCAACAUCAACAAACUAUCCGCAUCCCCACACCAUCCAAGUGAGCAAAGAACAGCUCUUACUCAACAUAUCAUGGAUCACCAACACACUUUCAACCUUAGCAAUACUAAAAUAGUUGAUCGCAGCUACCGCUCUACGGAUCUCCCUAUACUCGAAAUGUGCCACAUCUACAACACACCCAACACAGUUAAUUUCCGCACAGACGUUGACAACCUCAAUACCACGUACGCAGGCAUUCUUCACACUUACGCAAACACCGUUUCUCGCAGAUCACAAAUCGCUCACGAGAGCAAUAGACCAACAGAUAGUCCGACAGAUGCUAGCAUUUCAGAUGCAUAG